CCGCCGCUAGCCAAUGGGGAGGCGCGUUACUGCGCGGUGCCCGGUUGAGGAAGUGCCGCCGGUGUCCGUGCCCGGCGCUCCUCCGUCCGGUUCCGCCGCCCGGGAUGUGCUGAGGGCGCGUCCGCCGCCCCUCCCAGGCGUGAAUGACAGAGGAGGUGCCCCCGACUGCACUGACGGAUGUGAACCUGCGCCUGCUCUGCCACGAUGACAUAGACACAGUGAAACAGCUCUGUGGAGACUGGUUCCCAAUCGAGUACCCUGACUCAUGGUACCGAGAUAUCACUUCCAACAAGAAGUUCUUUUCCCUCGCAGCCACAUACAGAGGCUCCAUCGUGGGGAUGAUAGUGGCAGAGAUCAAGAGCAGGACCAAGGUGCACAAAGAGGAUGGAGAUAUCCUCGCUUCCAAUUUUCCUGUGGACACUCAAGUUGCUUACAUCCUAAGUCUUGGAGUGGUGAAGGAGUUCAGGAAACAUGGAAUAGGUUCCCUCUUGCUUGAGAGUCUGAAAGAUCACAUCUCCACCACUGCCCAGGACCACUGCAAAGCCAUCUACCUGCACGUGCUCACCACCAACAACACAGCAAUAAACUUCUAUGAAAACAGAGACUUUAAACAGCACCACUAUCUCCCCUAUUACUACUCCAUCCGAGGGGUCCUCAAAGAUGGCUUCACCUACGUCCUGUACAUCAACGGCGGGCACCCACCCUGGACAAUCUUUGACUACCUACAGCACAUUGGCUCCACACUAGCCAGCCUGAGCCCGUGCUCCAUUCCCCAGAGGAUAUACAGACAAGCCCAGAGCCUCCUCUGCAGCCUCCUGCCCUGGUCUGGCAUUUCUGCCAAGAGCAGCAUCGAGUACAGCCGCACAAUGUGACGGACUGGGGGAGCAGUGAA